AAAGAAGCUGAGACAGUCCAGAAACCAGUAAUUCUGAAGCUGAAGCUGACCCUCAGCCUCCAGCAUGAAGGUCCCUGCAGUUCUUCUGUGCCUGCUGCUUACAGCUGCCACCCUCAGCACCCAGGUGCUUGCUCAGCCAGCUGGGAUUAACCCUACCACCUGCUGCUAUAAAUUCACCAAACGGAAGAUCCCCAUGCAGAGGUUGGAGAGCUACAAGAAAAUCACCAGCAGCCAGUGUCCCCAGGAAGCAGUGAUCUUCAAGACUAUACUGGCCAAGGAGAUCUGUGCUGACCCUAGGCAGACUUGGGUCCAAGAGUCCAUGACGUUCUUGGAGAAGAGGGUCCAAACUCAAAAGACGUGAAAGCUGUAAACAUGCCUGCCCUCAGGCCAAGCUGAGGUCUGAGGAACAACUAAUUUAUAUGUCCUAUCACUGCUAACAUUAUUUUAUUCUUAAAAGUGUUUUAUUAUAACCCAAAGUAACCUAAGUUUUGUAUAGUAAUGUGAUUCAGUUUUCCUGAAGCAGUGCUUUAUCUCUUUUAAAUCUGUUGAUACUUUCACUUAAUGUGCCAUGGAAUUGGGAAGAUUUUGAAUGUAAACCUGUGGGUGCUAGACAUCACUUCAGUACCCUGAAAAUGCAAGAAGCUCCUUUCACUACCUCAGUAUGAUACUAAGAGAGUUCUCACAAGAACCAAUGCAGAUAGAUGUGUAUAUAUAUUUGUGCUCAGGAAAUGAUGUCCUGUGAAACCACAAAGUAUUAUAGUAUUAUAGAGUGGAAUGUUUUGUGUGCAUGACUUGAAUUUUCACAUAAAAGUACAUUUUGGCUAAAA